AUGGAUGCACUUGACGUGUCGAAGAAAGUGCUGCAGUUAAAACUUCAGCUCAAAGAAACGACAGAAUCAAAGAAGGUCCUGAAAAUCUUAAAGAAACUAAGGGAGUUGGAUAUAACCCUAGACAUUCUUGCAGAGACCGGAAUCGGCAAAGCUGUAAACUCUUUGCGCAAGCAUGGGGAUGCAGGAGAAGCCGUCAGGCUAUUGGUCAGUCACUGGAAGAAAUUGGUUCCAAAAGAAACCUUGAGCGAAGAGUCUUCAAAAUCUAAACCUGAUAGAAAAUGGACAGUUAUUGACAAAUCCAAUGACCAAGACAACAAAAAAGCAAGUGACUCCCUAGGUUGUAAUGGAGAGAGGCGGAAACCAAGUGAAAGAAAGCAAGUCUGCCAUGAAGACAAAAAGACUAAACAAGAGGGAAAAUCGAAGACCAAAGAGAAAAUGGCGAUUAUUGAGAACAAGCCGAAUGGCAAUGACGUCGAGGUGCCCUCCAUGUCUUUUGAGUCUUUCUUGAGCUAUGACAUCAACACGCCUAAGAGGAAGAAAAAAUCUGACAGUAAAAAACCACCUAAGAAAUUUAAGACUGUUGAAAAAGAAGUAAAGGUUGUGAAGACACCCAGCACGAAAUCCAGUAAGCAGUUACCUGCGGCGACUGCAGAUUUGUCACUGCCUAAAAAGGACAUCCUUUUUAAGGCUAUGAAGGGGUCUGUGAUGGACUUGCUUAAUAUUCCAUUGCCAACAUUUCUACCCGAAUAUGAUGAGCUCUCCAACUUCAACUACUAUGACAGGAAAAUGGAAGACAAAUCUAAAGUCUUGGUCUCUGAGGGCCCGGUCUUCACUGGUCAAAGACUCAACCGGAAGAUGCAGGUCUAUUCUGGUGUAAAGUCCGCCUUUCUCCCAACUAUGAUGUCCUUGUACCAGCAAUGUAUCCGGGCACUGCAGAACAACAUUGACUUGCUCUAUGAGAUCGGAGGGGUCCCAUUUGAAAUCCUUGAGCCAGUACUAGAGCGCUGUACACCUGAUCAGCUGUUUCGUAUUGAAGAGUGCAACCCGAUGUAUGUUGGAGUGACUGAUCACUUAUGGGAGAAGCACUGUCAGCGGGACUUCAGGAAUGCCCAUCUAGAGGAGUACGAGUCCUGGAGAGAGAUGCAUAUGAGGCUAUCUGAGGAAAGGGAGAGGAAGCUCCAAAGACUGACUAAAACCAUAGUCUCUGCCCAUUCAGGAAAACCCAAAGGCCGGCAGGUGAAAAUGGCGUUUAUUAACUCUGUUGCCAAGCCGCCUAGAAAUGUGAGAAUUCAGCAAGAGAUCCAUGGAACUGCUAGACAUCCACGAAUCCAGCAGGAGAACAAUGGAACUACUGGUGUCGUACUGCCGCCUCACCCACUGGACAGGCCCAGGUCUGUCCUCACCAUCCUGUCAUUCUCAUAUUGA